AUGGCUGCGUCCGCUUCGGAUUUCACCAAGGUUGCACCGAUUUCAGGUUGAGGACGUUGUGAUCAUCCGCUGCGAAGAAGACAAAAUUUAAAACCCCAAACUUGGAGGCAUAUAAUAAUGAAAAAUGCUCCCAAAUACGGUCCGUAUUCAAACAUGUCUGUCAGAGAACGUACGGAAAAUGCUAUGCGAAGUUUGUGUGACUGACGCUACGUUGUCAGACGCCGCGUUCACCGCGUUCUUGUCGGACAAGCUCACUUUGGAUUCUGAUAAAUUGAGGUCUCUUCUGGAAAGCUGUGGAGAUCGGGAUGCGUCUUCCGACUGGCACGAGGUAUCUCUAUCCAAGUUGUCGCCGGUCAUCCAUUCUGUGUGUCGGGUGUUUCGCAGCCUGCCCGUAGAAACAUUCCGGAGUUCGUCGGCACUUCUCACUUGGACGGGAGAAGAGAAGGCUUUUGAGGAAUGCUUGUGUCGACUGCAAUCCCCGGACGAAUGCAGCGCCGUUCUGUGUGUCCUGAAGGUCACGGCGAUCCUUGAGCGUUGCCUCGGAGACGUGUUGUUCUCGAGGCACGUUCCAGUCCCCUUCCUUCUCAAGGAUAUCUUAAAGCAACCGGAGCUCAGCGCAGUAUUUGGAACUGAGCUGAUGCUGGUUCUGCAAAUCGUCAUGGGCUCGCCCCGUUCCCUCAACCUCCGCAACAUCGUCUGGCACGGCUUUGUGACCCCUCGAGAGGUGGACCGCAGGCUUCCAUUCUUCUUGAUCUGUGCUGCCAUGAGUUUGGGGGAACGGCUGGCUGAAAGCGGUUCUCAGCACAAGGCCAUCGUAAGAAGAAGACGGUUCAGCUUCAUUGACACGGAGCUCGCCCUGAACGACUUCCUAGGUGUCGGUUUCGACGAACAGAGUUUCCUGUUGGUCCUUGAGGCGAGUCCGCUCGUUCUGCCAGGAAGGAUGCCAUUCUGGCACGCGUGCGUCCAGCUGUACAAUGAAUCCCGGUACGACGAAAGCCUCGUCUUGGCGCUUCCUCAAGUGGAGUGCGUCCUUCGAGUUCUUUUCACGGCGGCCAAUGACUGCCCUCGGCGACUCCUUACAGCCGAGAUGUCGACAUUGUAUACAACAUUAGAUGAGGUGCUUGCCGAGUUUACCGACGAUCGCACUUGCAAUGCGCUCAGGAAAAUUCUAGGAGAUUCCCAUUUUGAAAUCUAUCUGGAUCUGUUUGCAUACCUUGAAGGUCCCCGGCUGAGGGAUCGCAUCAGCCACGGCGAAGCGGAUUUGUCUUCGAUCCGCAAACCUCUCCUGAUACAUUUGUUCAACGCGGUGGCCGCCACUUGCGCGAUUUCGCUUUGCGAGAACCACGAACUUCAGAUGUGCAGCACCCUGGGGUCCUUGAGGUCCGUCGCCGUCUCAUAUCAUUCACAUUUUCAUCCGAUCCAGCUUUUGAGAAAAAAGGUUCUCAAUACCAUUGAAGCUCUCAAGUCCUGGGAAGAGUUUAUUGUACAAGAAAAACUUGGAGAUCCUUCUGUGCAUUGGGACCCUUUGGGAAAGCCCGCCAAACAUUGCAUUUUACUUUUGAUGUCCAAGUUUGACAUCAGCCUGCCGGUGCAUCUGAGGACAGAAGCCACCCCUGGAGCCCUUGUCGCAGAGCAUAGUCCUCAGACCAUGUUCAGGCCCAGGCGCGAGCUGGAAGUGACGACGAUGCUCAGGCAGGUUUGCCAAGAAGCACACCGGUCCCUGAGGCAGGUCCACGAGACGCUUUUGGAGAGGACUGAGAGAUGGCGCCUGCAUCAGCUUCGGUCGCGGCAGAGGGACAACUACAAGAGGCUGCUGGAGAGCUUACCUGUUCUGAGGGAAGGAGCUACUCUUGGUUUAUGGAUUGUGUGUUGCUGUCUUAGAAGGAUAAACGGCAUGACAACCCUCGACGCUCUUCAGUACGAAAAACUCGUGAGGUUGUUGAAGACGACGCUAAAGUUCUCAGAAAACUUUGGGACCUUGACGUCUUCAUCGAAGAAUCGAUGGGACGAGUGUUGCCAGCUGUGCUGCGAUCACGUCGACAACGCACUGCGAACACUGAGCGACGGCCAGAUGUCAUUGUUCUCUGGUCUUGUCACAAAAACGACACUGAGCAUUGAAACAGAACUGGGAAAUUUCACUGGGGAUAAUGCCGAUCUACUGACAAUAUAAUGUUUGCUGCAUC